CCACCGUCUUGGCAUCGCUCUUCCUUUCAAACCUCUGUGUAAUGAUAUUGUUUGCAGUGAUGCUCAGACAGCGAGCACCUGCUGCUCUGUAAUGAUUCAGCCUCUUUCAGCCGCCGCUGUAACACGACAGGAUGCUGCUGCUACUGUCACUUCUGCCGCUGCCGCUGUUGUUACAGAUUUUGCUUUUGCUCCUUCUACCGCAUGACAAUUGUUUUCCUCGUCUAAGCAGAUACCAGCCUCAGACGCUCAAGGUGAGAGUCUUGCCUUUCGCUCUGGGCUACUGGUUCACUUAA